GAAAAUUGCAAUAGAUAGAUGAGUGCAGAGAUUUUCCAUGUGAAAGAUCGGCGGCGCGGUAGCCAUGUCAUCGCCGGAUCGGCACGGCGGAUCAUCACGAGAAAUCGACGUGGAGCCGGGAGAGAGCCAUCGUCGUUGGCCCGGUAUAUUUAGGGCCGCCGAGUGACUUCCGGCAGCCGAAGGGAUCGGUAAACCGAAGGGAUCGAUACGAGCGAGUCGAUCCAACCAGCUCGCAACCUACGGCCUCCUUGCUGGCCUGGCCAGCUACUAUGCGAAUUGAAGCUCUCAGCACCCUCGUCGCGGUGGUUUGGCUGACCGCAGUCCUGUGCCCGCGGCUUACUGCCGCCAACAACCUGACUGAGUUCCUCUCUCGAAGACCCAGGGAACACUCUUUCAAAGGACAUAUCUCUCGCUGGGAAGAAGUACCUACACUGGAGGAGACGGCGAACAAGAGGAUGACGUAUCGGGAGAUGCAGGCGCUCCUGCGCCAGGAAAGUGGCGACGACGGCUUCCCGGUCGAAUGUUGUCCCACGAAAACGGAAAUGGUAGAACCGGUCGGCGGUCGAAAUCAACAGAACAUGUACGUCCAGCUCUAUCGGCACGGCCAGAACGUCCAGAGGUUCUUCGAGAAGUCCUGCAGGGAGGACGUCCUCAACAAGCCGUGCAGGUUCAUCGAUCGGAAGUUUAGCAAUCAGUCAAGAUGCGUGCAGAAGUUCAUGUACAUGUACGCGAUCGUCGAGACUCCCGGAUCGAAGGUCGAAGUGGAGGAGCACAGGAGGCACCAUCACAGAGAACACCAUCGUUUAACCGAGUUUCCUCCCAACAACACCGUGAGCGGAUCCGGAUGGGCAUUAGACUACAUCGAGGUGCGAACUGGCUGCAGCUGCGAGAUCACGCCAAAGCCGAGGAAGAAGAAAGUCACGGCGACGAAGGCGAGGAAAGCGAAGAGCAAACAACGUCACGCGAAGGAUCAAGAGUUCGAGACGUGAGAACACACAUUGACAUCGCGCCCUAAUGUUAUUGUGCGUGCAAAAGCUAGCGCCGAAUCUAUCGCGCGAUUCCCGAGUCGCGAUUCGUCGAGAUACGUGCGAGGCAAAAUUCGUCGAUUCGUUGUGCGCGAUUAGCCGUUUUUCGACAAAAGGAAAAAAAACGCGAAAUCGCGAAUCUUCACGAAUUUCCGACGUAUCUUUUCGCGAAUCGCGUAACACGAAUUGCGAAUUGCGUAAAGUGUGGCGACUAGCUUAAUUGUGUUGCGAAAACCGACCGAAAAGGACGCGAACGUGAGAUCGCAAGAAAGUAUUGCUUUCGCAUCGGAUAUCGCAGAACGCAAUGAGAAACGUUACCAACAAUCGUAUCAUCGAUUUUCUGAUGACAAUGACAUAAUUAAUUUAUUAGAAUAUUCUAUCCCGCGCAGGCGUGGCGCGUCGUUUUGUGUAUGGCGCGUUCAUUGCCACAAUUCGCUGAGAUCCCACACCCUAUUGGUGCUCUACUUUCACGAGUAUCUCUCUCUCCGUUAGUUUAUUUUAGUUUUCCCUAUUUAUUAUUACGACACAUAUUCGUCUUGCAUUUGCUUCGAUAAAAGCUUAUUGCGAAUUUUCGAAUUUGGCG